AUGGGGGAUUUCGCAGCCCCCGCUGCUGCCGCGAAUGGCAGUAGUAUUUGCAUCAACAGUAGCCUGAACAGCAGCCUCGGCGGGGCCGGGAUCGGUGUGAAUAAUACUCCCAAUAGUACUCCCGCUGCUCCGAGUAGCAAUCACCCCGCUGCCGGCGGCUGCUGCCGGCGGCACCACGUCAACUGCGAGAACAGGUACCAGCAGGCUCAGGUGGAGCAGCUGGAGCUGGAGCGCCGGGACACCGUGAGCCUCUACCAGCGGACCCUGGAGCAGAGGGCCAAGAAAUCGGGCGCCGGCACCGGCAAGCAGCAGCACCCGAGCAAACCCCAGCAAGAUGCGGAGGCUGCCUCGGCGGAGCAGAGGAACCACACGCUGAUCAUGCUACAGGAGACUGUGAAAAGGAAGUUGGAGGGAGCCCGAUCACCACUUAAUGGAGACCAGCAAAAUGGUGCUUGUGAUGGGAGUUUUUCUCCAACUAGCAAGCGAAUCCGAAAGGACAUUCCUACAGGGAUGGAAACCAUCAACAAUUUGCCCAACAACAUGCCACUGUCUUCAGCUUCUCCUCUUCACCAACUUGACCUUAAGCCUUCUUUGCCCUUGCAGAAUAGUGGAACUCACACGCCUGGGCUUCUAGAAGAUCUAAGUAAGAAUGGUAGGCUCCCCGAGAUUAAACUGCCUGUCAAUGGUUGCAGUGACCUGGAGGAUAGCUUCACCAUCUUGCAGAGCAAGGACCUCAAACAAGAACCUCUAGAUGACCCUACUUGCAUAGACACAUCAGAAACAUCUCUUUCAAAUCAGAACAAGCUGUUCUCAGACAUUAACCUGAAUGAUCAGGAGUGGCAAGAAUUAAUAGAUGAAUUGGCCAACACGGUUCCUGAAGAUGACAUACAGGACCUGUUUAAUGAAGACUUUGAAGAGAAAAAGGAGCCAGAAUUCUCACAGCCUGCAACCGAGACCCCUCUCUCCCAGGAGAGUGCUAGUGUCAAGAGUGACCCAUCUCACUCUCCUUUUGCACAUGUGUCCAUGGGGUCUCCCCAGGCAAGACCUUCUUCUUCUGGUCCUCCCUUUUCUACCGUCUCCACAGCCACCAGUUUACCUUCUGUUGCCAGCACGCCUGCAGCUCCACACCCCGCCAGCUCACCAGCAAACUGUGCUGUCCAGUCCCCUCAAACUCCAAACCAAGCCCACACUCCAGGCCAAGCUCCACCUCGGCCUGGAAAUGGUUAUCUCCUUAAUCCAGCAGCAGUGACAGUGGCCAGUUCAGGGUCAGGCCCUGUGGCUGGGCCCAGCUCCGACAUGUCUCCAGCAGAGCAGCUCAAACAGAUGGCUGCGCAGCAACAACAAAGGGCCAAACUCAUGCAACAGAAGCAGCAGCAGCAGCAGCAGCAGCACUCAAAUCAGACUUCAAGUNNNNAGCAGCAGCAGCAGCAGCACUCAAAUCAGACUUCAAGUUGGUCUCCUUUAGGGCCUCCAUCUAGUCCAUAUGGAGCAGCUUUUACUGCAGAAAAACCAAAUAGCCCAAUGAUGUACCCCCAAGCCUUUAACAACCAAAACCCUAUAGUGCCUCCAAUGGCAAACAACCUGCAGAAGACGACAAUGAAUAACUACCUCCCUCACAAUCACAUGAAUAUAAUCAAUCAGCAGCCAAAUAACUUGGGUACAAACUCCUUAAACAAACAGCACAAUAUUCUUACUUAUGGCAACACUAAACCUCUGACCCAUUUUAAUGCAGACUUGAGUCAGAGAAUGACACCACCCAUGACCAACCCCAACAAAAACCCCUUGAUGCCGUAUAUCCAGCAGCAGCAGCAACAGCCACAGCAGCAGCCGCAGCAGCCGCAGCAGCCCCCACCACAGCUCCAGGCUCCCAGGACACACCUGAGCGAGGACCAGAAACGCAUGCUUCUCAUGAAGCAGAAAGGAGUGAUGAAUCAGCCCAUGGCUUACGCUGCACUUUCAUCCCACGGUCAGGAACAGCACCCGGUUGGGCUUCCCCGCACCACAGGCCCCAUGCAGUCCUCCGUGCCCCCAGGCUCAGGCAGCAUGGUCUCUGGAGCCAGUCCUGCAGGUCCUGGCUUCCUGGGCAGCCAGCCCCAGGCAGCCAUCAUGAAGCAAAUGCUCAUAGAUCAGCGGGCCCAGCUGAUGGAACAGCAGAAGCAGCAGUUCCUGCGGGAGCAGAGGCAGCAGCAGCAGCAGCAGCAGCAGCAGAUCCUGGCCGAGCAGCAGUUGCAGCAGUCACAUUUACCCCGGCAGCACCUCCAGCAACAGCGGAAUCCAUACCCAGUGCAGCAGGUCAAUCAGUUUCAAGGUUCUCCCCAGGAUAUAGCAGCCGUGAGAAGCCAAGCAGCACUCCAGAGCAUGCGAACAUCACGGCUCAUGGCACAGAACGCAGGCAUGAUGGGAAUGGGACCCUCCCAGAACCCAGGGACAAUGGCCACAGCAGCAGCCCAGACGGAGAUGGGACUGGCCCCUUAUAGCACCACGCCUACCAGCCAACCAGGAAUGUACAGUAUGAGCACAGGAAUGACCCAAAUGUUGCAGCACCCAAACCAAAGUGGCAUGAACAUCACACACAGCCAAGCCCAGGGACCCCGGCAGCCUGCCUCUGGGCAAGGGGUUGGAAUGGUGAGUGGUUUUAGUCAGAGCAUGCUGGUGAACUCGGCCAUCCCCCAGCAGCACCAGCAGAUGAAAGGGCCAGUAGGCCAGGCCUUGCCCAGGCCCCAAGCCCCUCCAAGGCUUCAGAGCAUUAUGGGGACAGUCCAGCAAGGAGCACAAAGCUGGCAACAGAGGAGCUUGCAGGGGAUGCCUGGGAGGACUAGUGGAGAGUUAGGACCAUACAACAACGGCGCCAGCUACCCACUUCAAACUGGCCAGCCGAGACUGACCAAGCAACACUUCCCACAGGGACUGAGCCAGUCGGUCGUGGACGCUAACACUGGUGCAGUGAGAACCCUCAACCCAGCUGCCAUGGGUCGGCAGAUGAUGCCACCGCUCCCGGGACAGCAGGGCGCCAGCCAGGCAAGGUCAAUGGUCAUGUCUGGCCUGAGCCAGGGUGUUCCUGGCAUGCCAGCCUUCAGCCAGCCCCCAGCACAGCAGCAGAUACCCAGUGGCAGCUUUGCUCCAAGCAGCCAGAGCCAAGCCUAUGAACGGAAUGCCCCUCAGGACUUGUCAUACAAUUACAGUGGCGAAGGUGCUGGGGCUUCCUUCCCUGGCCUCCAGGACAGUGCAGACCUUGUAGACUCCAUCAUCAAAGGCGGGCCAGGGGAUGAGUGGAUGCAGGAGCUGGAUGAAUUAUUUGGUAAUCCCUAGUCAAAAAGAGCCCCAAGAGCCACAGUUGUAGUGGGUAAAGCUUACAAAGUGAAAAAGAAACAGGAUGUUGGCCCAUCCUUGUUUUUUUUUGGUUUUUUGACCCAUGUAAACUGAGCAAAACUGAAGCUGGCUGACAGUGGAAGAUCCAGGUGCCAAUCCACAGACCCGCAGGACCUCAUUUCACCUGAUUUUCACGCAGCAUUUGAGAUGAGAUACCAUCCAGAUUCCUGCUGCAGGAGAGGGAGACACGUGGAGGGGCAGGUGGGGAAGAUGGAGCCAGCCAAAGCCCCUCUACUCAGUGCUCCCUGUGAUUGGCUGGCCCAGCAUGAGCUGCUCCAGCUGAGAGGGACUGUUGCCCAAGGUCAGGUAUCUGACAGGCCCUCCUGCCCCAGGUCCGGAGACUGCAGCUUUGGAGACACACAAGAGACAGAGCCUCGGCCGAGGAGAGUCCCGCUGAGUGCUAGGUGGUUGCACAGAGGUCAGAAGUGAACUGAACUCCGGGUAGAAAGAGAUGUGAGGCUUCAUAUGCUACUGUGUUUGGAGGGGAGGCACAAGGAACAGCAAGCUGGGUCCUACAGGCCUGUCUCCCACCCGUGACAUUCAGUGGCGUGGCUGGUGGCCGCCUCACAAGGAGAACCAACAGAGCUGGGAGAAGGGUCUGCUGGUGGCCGUAACUCCGAGUUGGGCUGGAGCCUCCUGGGGGCCCAAUACAUGCUGGUAGUUGUCAUCUACCCUGUGGCCUCAGGGUGGAGAGACCUCUGUUGGAUGCUACACGUCUGCCAGCCCUGGGUCUUCUCCCCACCCCGCCUUUAUUCCUGUAUUCCUCAGUCUGCCCUGGCUUCUCUGCACAGACUAUCCAAGAAGUAAAGCGUCUGUCUUUGGGGAGCCUUGGCAGAGUCAAAACAAAUGCAAGGAGAACUUAGACAAUGUCUGAAAUGUAGAGGCGACACUGGAGUAUUCUUCCAUAACAUGUGGAGUGGAGUGAAUAUGUCUGCCCAGAACUGAGCGGGCUGCUCUGAUGUCUGGGCAUGGGUUUAUGUGAGCCACAUCUGAUACUUCUGAUAUCCCUGGGGAGGAAUGGCCUGGAGGUCGUCUCUUCUGGCUCCCUUUGGGAAAAUCCCAGGGGUGAUGCUCUAAAAUCAGCUUUGCCCAUCAUACCUACUCAUUGGAAAGACAAAUGUAAAGCCCCAAGAGAUGGAGGAGCUAAGAAAUCUAUUGUUCCACUUCACAAAUUUGGAUGAUAAAAGCAGGAAGAUAUAGUUCCUUUCAUACGGUCAAAGAAAUCCACUUAAAAAGUUCUGUACAGUUGUUCUCUGUGUAAUUCACUCACAUCUGCCCUAAGUGAAACCUGUCAGAAGGCUCAGCAGCCCCCACUGUGUAAGGCUAGUCUCUUUAGUCCUUGCCUCCCCUCCCGCUGUCCCAUUUUGGAGGCCAUGUGGCAUAAGUAUUGUCUUAAGUAAGAGUGGCACGUACUUUUCUCCUGUCCUCUCCUUCCUCCAGGUCCUGAAUGCUGGCUCCCUUCUGUGCACUCCCAUGCAGCUCGCUGUGGAGGAAGGAGCCCAAGCGUGGGAGGGCAAAGUCCCAAGAAGGCGAGUGCAAAUGCACAGCUGGGGGCAGGGGCUGUGGAGAGGAGGCAGGCAGGCACGCACUGCCUUGACUUGCUGUCCUUAUACCCAGGGUUCUGGUCACUCAGCAAGGGGCAGGAGGUGAGGCUGGAGGGGCCAGGCCGGUGAGGGCCUAGGCAGGGGCUGUGUGCUGGUGAGAGGUGGUGGCAAGGUGACCGUGAACUCCCUGAAUGGGGAGGGAUGCCCCCAGGGAAAUUCUGAGUAGAAACAGAUGAAAACCAAAAAGAAAUUGUAAACAAGUGAGAAGACACAGAAUACAUAACUACCUUUUUCUGAAAGGUACAGGAGAUAAAUAUGUAAGCAAUGAUGAGAAACUGGAGGUGGCCGGUGGAGAGAGGGGGCUCCAUUACCUUUUAAAAGCUUCCUCCAAAUGCUUAGUACUGGGACCAACUAAUAGAGAGGUCAAUUUUAAUAAGAUUGUUUUGUUUCGUUUUUGUUUUUACUACGGUGCUGAUGUAUAUGUAAUGUCUAAAAAAAGUUAUUUGUACAUAAGUUUUUACAAUACUGCAGAUAUCACUGGGUCUACUAUCUGUAAAAAAUAUACAUAUAAAUAUAUAUAUACUGUUUGUUUAAAAUAGAGUAUUUUUAUUUCAUUCGUUAAUUCAUCAUCACAGCAGCGUAUUGCACUUCAGAUGACAUCUAAUUACUAAUUUGUACUGUAUGACCUAUGGCAACUUGCUCCAUUCUAUUCAGAUUUUUCUAGUUUUCUGUUUUUACUUUGUACAUUGAGCAUUGCUUAUUUCCUUUUAAGAAAUGUACAGAACUCUGAAAUGUAGAAAUGAAGUGAUGUUGACUAUACCACUUUUAAAGAAAAACAAAAACAAAAAUAAAAGAUCGUUAUCUGAAUCAA